AUGCUGAAUCCAAAUGAUAGUGAGGAUGUACGACCAUUGUCAUCCUCUAUUUUUUCUCCCUCCAAGAUGAGUAUGAGAAAACCAAAAGCAAAAAUUAGCACUCUGCUCAGGCCAGGAACAGCUCCAAGUUCGUUCUAUCAUCAAAUAUUGCAUCAGCCGGGAGCAGAAAAUGGGGAUGCCAUGAGAAAUAGAGGAACUUUCCUUGCUCCACAAGAUGAAAAUUUAAUUGAAAUUAAUUCCGAUUUACCAUUGGCCAUGCUUAUUUAUUUUCAUACAUUUUAUUCCAUGACAUGGCUCAUUGUCACUGUUGUGUUGCACAUUUUCAAACAAAAAAACUAUUCCAUUACGUCGACCAAUACGAUUAUAUUUUCCGUUGUCAUUGUGGUGUGGACAGUGAUUGAGUUCCCUAGAUUGCUCAUUGGAUACUCUGGAAAUUUGAAAGAAAAAGUCCCUCGAGUGUUUGCGUUCAUGAUUCUUUCUACCAUUCAACCCUUACUUUAUAUUUACUUUUUUAUCUAUCAACCAAAAGUCAUACCUUUGGAUUACAUUAUUUGUGCCAUUCAAGUUAUUUUCUAUGCUUUGGAAUAUAUUUUUGGAAUUAUUGCAAUGCGAAAUUUCACAAGAGUGAGCGGCAUACGAUACAAACUCUAUUUCAAUAAGGACGGAACUUUGGCGAUGGAUGAUUCUGGAGAAGAGGAUGAAGAAAAUAACAAGAACCAUGUAGAGCCAUUUACAACGACCACAGGUGAUGAAUUGACAACAUUUGCAAGCGACAAUAACACCAUUAUUGAGCAUGACUCGUAG